UUAAAUUCUGGUGCAGAAGAAAACGCUAUGUGGUGCCUGCCCACCAGAACGAGAGCCGUCCCCAGCAGUUACUAAGAGUAAGCUACUCAGUUUGCAAACCACAGCUAUUAUUUUCUCGGAUUGGGUAUCUCGGUUUUAGGUUUGCCUCCUGACUUGAAACUUUUGAGGUAGCCUGGCAUUGCUGAGGGAGGAUUUGAUGACAAUGAGAGGAGUAAACUUGGAUACCUACAACCUCUCCUUGCUGACUGCAAAGGAGGACAUUCUGAAUCCCCGAGCCUCCACCAACUGGGCACUCUUCACAUACGAUGGCGUCACCAACAACCUCAAACUUGCAGACUCCGGAGCUGGUGGUGUGGCGGAGUUGGCUGGGAAGUUCCACGCCAGCAGGCCGAUGUACGGGCUGUGUCGGCUGGGAUGCGCAGAGUCGGGGGGUCCCCGCGUGGCCAUGAUCUGCUGGGUUGGUCCGAAUGUAGAUGAGUACCGGCAAACGGAAUGUGCCAGCCAUGUACCGGCCAUCAAGAACUUUUUCAAGGAGGCCCAUACGUUCGUCACAGCCUCAAACGCGGAGGACGUGACGGAGGAGAAGCUGUCCGCAGCCGUGGCCAAGGUGCGUCCGCCACUGCAGCCCCAGAGGAGGAGCUCCGUGCCAGUGGACAAGGAGGAGAUGGUGGGCACAAACUACAGGAAAACAAACGCUGCCAUGGAGAUGAGAAGAAUCAACAGGGACUCGUUCUGGGCACGUGCAGAGCGCGAGGAGGAGGAGAGGAAGGAGGAGGAGCGGAAGAGGGCGACGGAGGAGAGGAGGCGCCGGGAGAGGGAGAGGGUGAUGCAGGAGAGGAAGGAGGCGGAGGAGAGGGACAGGAAGAUGAACGAGAAGCUGCAGAUGAUUGAGGAGCAAAGGAGGCAGCAGGCCCUGACGGAGGAGGAGAUGAAGAAGAAGGAGAAGUCUAAAUGGGACCAGGAACAGAGAGAGCAUGAAGAAGAGCUCAGAGAACGAUUCAGACGCAGUGAGUCCAUAGAGAAAGCAGCGGAGGCAGCAGCACUGGUCCAGCAGCGGUCCAACAACCCCAGAGAGUUCUUCAGACAGCUGUCCUCCUCCUCUAAGCCCCCUGGCAGCCCCCUGUCCCCACACACAGGGAAGCCCCCGUUCCGGCGCUACAGACGGAGCCUCACAGACUCUGCCUUCAUCUUCCAGAGGUCUGACGGGGGUCCCACCUCACCGCUCAGCCCGAGAGACGGCUGCCCGUCUCCCUUCGGCCAGUCCCCCCGCCGGACCCCCACCUCCCCGCAGCCCUUCUCCUCCUCCGGCUUCUCCCAGCCGUCCCGCUCGCCCCUGCGCUCUCCGCCCGCCUCGCCGCAGCGCUCCACCCCUCCGGUGGCGCUGUUACCGGGCACGCCGCCCGCCAGACCCCCGCCGCCGUCCACCCUGCCCCCGGUCCCGGCCCAGCCCCAGGACACCCCGUCCCCGUCCCCAGCCCCGGCCUCCCCAGGUCUGCAGGCCAGCCUGGUGCAGGCCUCCUGCUCCUCUCCUGCUUCCCCACCAGGUGGCGCCACUGCUGAGCCACUUGCUGAGAGCCCAGAGCACUCAGAGGACUUGCGCUCAGCUGGACACACUCUGAGCAGCCUGGAGCCUGAGGCAGGCCUUUGUGUCCGGGCGGUCCUUGUGGAAGAGGAGGAGGAGGAGGAGCAGGUGGAGGAGCAGGAGGAGGAGGAAGGACAGACAGAACAGGCGCAGGCUCCGACGGCCAGCGCCACAGCUGUGAAUGAGGAGGAGGAGGCCUCCACAGGCUCCGCAGAACCAGAACUAAAACCAGAACUAGAGCCAGAACUAGAGCCAGCACCACAGCCAGAGCCAGAGGAGGUGCAGGAGGUCCUGAUGGAGGAGCCACAGCCCGAAGGAGCACCAGAGGCACAGACUGAGGAGGAGGAUGAAGGAGUUAAGGAGGAGGUGGAGGAGCAGGAGGCAUACGUGGUGCCGGCCCAGGAGGAGGAGGAGGACAGCGAAGGGCCAGUGGACGCAGGCGAAGAGGCCCUAGAGCAGUGUGAGGACUUGCUGCUGGUGCAGAGCAGGACUCUGCAGAAUGGAACAGAAAAGGAAUACAUGCAUAUGACAGGGAUGGACCAAGAUGGGGUUGUGGAGGAACAGGGCAAGGAGAUAUCAGAAAAUGGGGAUGAGGGAUCACCAGAACAGCAGAUGUGUGUACGAGCUCUCUAUGACUAUGAGGCUGAGGAUGAAUCGGAGCUUUCUUUUGCCCCGGGAGACAUCAUCAGCGAUGUGGAGACUGUGGACAAAGGCUGGUGGAGAGGCUUCAGCAAAGAUGGCCGCCAGGGGCUCUUCCCUGCCAACUAUGUUGAAACCAUUUAAAACACAAACACACACACACACCGAACACACACACACACACACACACACACACACACACACACACACACACACACAAACUGAAUACACACACACACACUGGGAUGGAGAGAUGGCAUCUCUUUAUUCCUCCAGCCAAAAGCAGACAUCCUAUCCAUCAUCUACUCUUACACCACUGAAACCUUUUGAAAUCUGACUGGUCUUAAGAGCUCCCUCUGAGCAACUCGUCAGGAUCGAUCAGGGGCAGCUUCCUACACACGUUAACAGGAUUCUUUAUUUGGCUUAUUUUAACCAACAUCACAGGUCAGGAAUCAAUAGGCCGUAACGCCGUGGGGAUUGGAGGGAUAUCUUAAACAUGUAUCCUCUCGUCUCUUAACCAUCUCUAAUUCUUCUUAUUACUCUCAAAUAAUCCACUAUGUAUGCAUUUUGGAUUUCAUUUCUGUUUUAGUCUUAAUACAACCUUUGCACAAAUAUUGUAUUUUUCCCCUUUAAUAUGCAAGUGAAGUUUGUCUGUGUCAUUCAUGCUCCAUGUUUUCAGCCAGAUGUUACAUUUGUGUGAAUAUCCAUUAUCUAUGUGGGCACUGCUUUAAAAGAGUGGAUCUAAAAAAGAAAAUGAAAAACAAAAUAAUUACCAGUGUUUAUUCUAUCUAUUAUAUUUAGCCUUAGAUUUACUUGGACUGUAUGACAUUUCAUCAAUAACCAAGGGUUUAAAAUGACCACAUUAGCAGGGACAACCGUAUACCAAUCAGAAAGCUGAAUCACUCCAAUAUUCUAUUCUUCUUUCCCAAAUAAUGAGAACGAUACUCCUUUGGCGUGGUGCUGAAAACAACCUGCACUUGUCAGUCAUAACUGCGUUUGUGUGCUUAUUCUCUAUUUCACUGUACACUAGUCAGUCUUACCAUGUAACACCCCAGACUGUUGAUCACGUCCUUUACAUCCUCGUGUAAAAAGCUAUGUUUUAUAAGCAAAAUGUUUAGAGGUAAGGCUCACCCUGUUUCUGUCAUGUUUGUACUGUCAUGUGUGUCUUUGUUUGUCUAUUCUUUCUUGUAAAUACAGUAUCAUACAACCUGCAA